AUUUCAAAUCAGUGUCCAGAUCAACAUUUUAAAAACAAAACGGUAGUAUUAAAAAGUGGCCGUACUCUUCUAUUUCGAUGUUAACUAAUCUUAAUAACGAUUACGACAGCAUCAAUUUCCUUAAGAUAAAUCUAAACGCGUUACGUGACAUGUGUAUCGAUAUAUGUGCCACAGCGAACACAUUCUUGGUUAGAAUGUAUUAACUUUCUCUGAAAGUGAAAUCUCUCUCAACGAGAAAGUUAAUAACGUCGAAAUAACAUUCUGUGUAUGAAUGGUUAAUUCGUGCAUUCCCUGACACCAUUUCUUACGAAUAGUUAUGUGCUACAGAAUGCUAUAGUUGCUGUCCGAUAAAUAAAAAGAAAGUAUUAUCAUGUAGAUUUACGUGGAAGUGUCCGGGAGUCGAAAGUUGCUUGAACUAAAAAUAAAAAAAAAAGAAAAAAGAACUGGACUGUGAGUUCCGAGAAGAGAUGCCAAUAAAACUCGUGGACAUUCAUUUCGUAGCGGACCACGGAAGCAUCAGCAUCUCGUUCUCCGAUUCACACCACUUAAAUUAAUUUCAUUCAAACAACGUUUCAGAACCAAUGGAUAGAAAACCUAUUACUUUCAUGACGAUGGAGGGCGAUACAGGAGAAAGAUUGGAUAGAAUGUUCGGUGUAAAAUCCAGUUUCUUGCGAGUGCAACCGGGCAACUGUUUAUUACCGCCUCAAUUCGUAUUUUAUGGGACAAGGAUACGAGAUAUGGAAAUUUACGAGGACGACGUAUGGAUGGUAUCUUAUCCACGAACUGGUAGUCACUGGGCGCAGGAAAUGGUAUGGUGCAUCGGAAACAAUUUCGAUUAUGAGCGUGCUCAAACCUUAUUGGUCAUACGUAAUCCGUUACUUGAAGCUUCUGCAUUAAUGGUCUCAGGAGACUAUGUGGAAUGGUUCGCGAAGCUAGGUGACUCCGUCGAAAAUGUUAUAAAGAUGCCACGAACCAGAUACGUGAAAACUCAUCUGCCUCUAGAAUUGUUGCCACAACAAAUACAUCGAAAAAAGCCGAAGAUUAUCUACGUUGCUAGAAACCCAAAGGACACCUGCGUCAGUUUUUAUCAUUAUUGCAGAAAGUUCCACAACAUGAAAGGAAGCUUCAAAGAGUUCACCGAACUUUUCCUAGAAGACUGUUCGCCGAUGGGUCCGUUCUGGAGUCACGUGUUGAAAUUUUGGGAGAUGAGGAACCAGGAUAACGUGUUGUUCUUAACGUACGAAGAAAUGAAGAAGAAUCAAGUGGAAGCGAUCAAGAAGACGGCGAAAUUUUUAGGGAAGAGCGUGACGGACGAACAAGUAGCGGGACUUAGUGAACAUUUGAAAUUUUCGAAGAUGGCAGCGAAUCCUGCUAUAAACUUAGAGUCCAUAUUACCGCAAAAAGGUGUACCCGAGGAUGACAAAUUUAUAAGAAAGGGUAAAGUUGGUGAUUGGAGGAAUUACAUGUCGGAGGAAGUGUCUAAAAGGUUCGAUGAAUGGACUGAAAAACAUUUACGCGGAAGUGACCUCGAGUUCGAUAAGGAAGUAAUCUCGUACGAAGAGGAAUGAAAAUAGUCCACUGAAAUUUUUAGAAUCAGAGUGCCUUCUCACGAGAUACCAUGUAAAAUAAUUGUAUCUCAUUUAAAUGUACAUAUAUGUAUGUUUUCACUUAAAUGUGCGCGCGUUUAUACUCGUACCCAUUUGAAUUUAUCUUCGUUGAAGAAAUACAUUGGAAACAUUAAAGUGUAUGCGUGUGUGUGUGUGUUUGCGUGCGUGUGUGCGUGUGGGUAUGUGUAUACAUAUACAUAUAUAUAUAUACAUUAACAAUUGUAAGGUUUAGUACCAUUUAGUUGACUAAUUAUAAUUAUUGAUGGACACAUUUACACCUAAUGAGAGAGACCGGUUUUCUAUUAAAGGACAUUUCUAAUUUUCUAGACAUGAAUGGAUUUAUAAUUUGACGCGGUUUUAACACGGAGACGGAAGAACGAGAGAAUAGCGGAUUUUCAAUCGAACAAAGUGUUGACUCGUUUAAUUUACCUGAAAGAACUUGCGUGAUGUGAAUUUUAUUCGAGAAUCGCGCCCGAGUUUUUGUCGAUCCUCAACGUACGACGUCGAAUGUCAAAGCAAAGAUGGCGUUGAUUCCUGUUGUGUCAGGUGUUUAAAGUUUCCUUUAAAUUUGUUCGAAACCUGACAUUCCACACGGUUGCGAUACUUCGAUUUCUCAUUUACGUCAUUCUUAACCCUGUCGAAGAUCGUUAACUGAAAAGAAACGUGGAGGCGUCUGUCAAGAAUCACGUGUUAUAUCGGCCGCUAGUGGUAUCUUACACUUAACCUCAGCAUUCAUCGAAUACUGUACGAUCAUUUCGGAAUUUGGCAAAAAUUUCAAGCAGUUCGCGUCAAUGUUGCUUCUCCUGCCAAAAAAGAGACUAAAAGUUUACAUCGAUUAAUGAGGGGAAGAUAUCAACGGUGAUUGUUAAUGUUAUACAA